CAAAUAUAUCCGAUGCCGAUCGAUGCGACGAACAUCGUCGCAGGAAGCAGGAAUUAGCAUGCGUAUCCCGACGCUGGAGAGACACCAUCUUCGACAAUCCCUUGUUCUGGACGACCAUCCUUGUAACCCCAUAAUGGGCACCGUCGCUUGUUGAAGCGCAUAUACAGAGGAGCGGACGUCUUCUCGCCGACAUCCAAAUCAAACUCUGGCAACCCCCUGCGGGACUUAGUAAUUUACCCCUGCUUCUCAAUAUCGUCAUGCGUUGCUCGGACAGAUGGCGUAGCGAUGAUGCAUAGUGUAAGGAGUGGAAAACCCCAACCUACCGAGAGCCAAAGGAGACCUAUGCAUGUGACCGAGGCGUCCGGUCCGGUAUGAUCGGCGGUCACAAAGAGUUUACAGACCUAUUUUCGCGCGGAUGAGGAGCGCUAUAUUCCCAUCUCUUGCAUACGUCGUCGCCGAUGACCAGUUCAACCAUCCAUAUUCCUUUAGCUUUGGACCCGACAGUAUGCUCUCUCUGAAUUUCUUAAAGCUCAACAACUUUUGUCCUUUCCGGGCUGGCGCCCUUUUGUUCCCACCGGACCUCAGAAUUUUGGAUAUGACCUUCGAGAUUUUUGGCUUUCGACAUAUCUCUCUGACUCUCCCAUCAGAGAAGUUGACUGUCCUCCUGCUUCAUGGCAACGAACGUGGAUGGACCCCCACCCCAGCGACUCUUCACUUCCCACACUUGGUGUCGCUCUCGCUUGCCACUGUCCAGCCCACACAGUUACUAAUCACAUUGUCGCCCCUCAGCUUCGACAUUUCUGUUACUUGCAUAAUUCUAAUGCAGAAGAUCCAGUCCACGCUGUAUUUGCUCAACUUAAAAACAAGUUCUUCACUGUCACCAAACUCGAUAUACACUUACCGGCUGGCAAAACAGGACUUGCGAUUAUCGGACAUGUUAUUGUGGACGCAUUUCCUGGGGUGCGCCACCUGGUGAUAUACUUGGAGGAUCUACCAGCAUUCAUUGAGCAGCAUAGCUCAGAAGAACCAUCUCCCGCGGACAGGUGGAGCUCGUUUGAAUGCUUAACACUUCAUUGGUCACGUACCGGAGGUGACACAUGUAACCUUGUGUCAUGGCUAUAAAAGCGGAAUCGUAGAGGGCAGACCGUGUUGCAUGUGCAAUUAGCGCCAGCACCAGAUUACAAAAAUCACGUUCCUGCUACCCAUUCACUGAGCGAAUAUUGUGUCUUAGAGAUAGAGCUCAGCGAUUUUGGGCCUGAUCCAGGGCUCCUCCGUCAACUUAUACAGCAAUCCUAUCGUAUUACCAG